AUGGCUGCCGCCGUGGCGGCGGCGGCGGCGUUGGGUGGGGGGCUCCUUCUCGCCGCCUGGCGCUGGCUGCGCGCGGCGCGGGGCAGCGCGGCCGGAGCCGCCGCCAGCGCCGCCUCCAUGCGGGGCAAGACGGUGAUCAUCACGGGCGCCAACAGCGGGCUGGGCCGCGCGGCGGCGGCCGAGCUGCUGCGGAUGCGCGCGCGCGUCAUCAUGGGCUGCCGCGACCGCGCGCGGGCGGAGCGGGCGGCGCGCGAGAUCCGCGCCGAGGUGGGAGAGCCGGCGGCGGGCGAGGGCGGCGGGGAGCUGCUCGUGCGCGAGCUCGACCUCGCCUCGCUGCGCUCCGUGCGCGCCUUCUGCCACCGCGUCCUGCAGGAAGAGCCAAGGCUGGAUGUUCUGAUUAAUAAUGCAGGGAUAUUCCAGUGUCCAUACAUGAAGACAGAGGAUGGUUUUGAGAUGCAGUUUGGUGUAAACCACUUGGGUCACUUCCUGCUCACCAAUCUUCUUCUGGGCCUCCUCAAAAAUUCUGCUCCAAGCAGGAUCGUGGUAGUAUCCUCAAAGCUUUACAAAUAUGGCGAGAUCAACUUUGAAGACUUGAACAGUGAGAUAAGUUACAAUAAAAGCUUUUGUUACAGUCGGAGUAAACUGGCCAACAUAUUGUUUGCAAGGGAGCUAGCCCGUCGAUUAGAAGGGACAGGAGUCACUGUCAAUUCGCUUCAUCCUGGGAUUGUCAGAACAAACCUAGGCAGACACGUGAAUAUUCCUUUGCUGGCAAAACCCCUGUUCAAUUUGGUGUCGUGGGCUUUCUUCAAAACACCUCUGGAAGGGGCCCAGACUUCUAUUUAUUUGGCAUCUUCUCCUGAUGUGGAAGGUGUCUCGGGGAAAUAUUUUGGGGACUGCAAAGAGGAGGAACUCCUGCCCAAAGCCAUGGAUGACUUGGUGGCAAGGAAGUUAUGGGAUAUCAGUGAAGUGAUGGUUGGACUGUUGAAAUAAGUGCCAGAGACUAUCUGCUAAAAAAAAAAUGCAGAUAAUAUAUUUUUGCAACACUGUAAUCCUCUACUUAAAUGGUGUGGGAAUAUAUAUUACUUUGCUCCUGAAUGUUGGAGGAGUGAUUCAUGCUGGAGCUCAGUUUGGAAAUAUAUAGUAAUCAGUAUUUAAUAGACAAGCAUUAAAAAGGAUCUCAUAGUUGAGGAUGUGAGUAUGACUUCUGAUUAAAUCUUUGGAAACUCAUGUUUUACAAAUAAAAAUUAAACACAACUGUGUUCUGAAUGUAUAUGCUUAUUUGUCAUGUCCUGCUGCUUGUAGUUGGGUUGGACAUUGGCAUUGAUGGUAAAUAAAACACUUCUGUAAAAAGACUACAAAAUUUUAUCCUUAUAUUAAUAACAGGACUGUUGUCCUUUUGAGCCAUCACGAUGAGAAAUAAACAGUUUUACUGGUGUCUUACACUGUAAUCCUUGAGGCCAGAGUACCAAUGAAAGGUUUCUCAUCAGUGAUAUAGUUCAAUGAACAAGAACUCUUGAGCUGUAUGUAGCUCAGUUGUGAAGCACAAGUUAGCCUCUUGACUACAUUUUGUACAAGCUGUAUUUUCUUUUUUGUUUGUUUGCUUGUUUUUCWUGUGUGCCAAACAUGCUAUUGUUAUGCACAGACACCUUCAGUUGCACCGAAAACUCAUCUGACUGAUGUAUUACGCUCUUGGCAGCACUUCGUAGGUUGAGUUGUGUUCAUGCAGAGCUUGCAAAAAGAUCUCAACCCUAACUAGACUAGACUAGA